GAUGGUGUGACGCGGACAGUGACAUCCACUGUCAGGACCAUCACUGCCGACUACACGACGACAGUGACGUCUGAUGGGCACACGAUCACUGAGGUAGUGUCGCACAUCACCACUACUGAUUCUGACGGGAAGACGGUGACGAUCACCACCACGAUGGCGUCAUUCGACCAGGUGGACGAGGGAGUGUUCACGUCGCCUGAGCCAUACUCGCAGCCACCUGUUGUGACGAGCACAGUUACUGAGGAUGACGGAAGCUCUAAGACGGUUGUGAUCUCGUACUUCCCAUCUGAGGGUGAGGACGGAGUGACACGUACUGGCACCACCGCCAUCUCCACCAUCACACCUGCUG